CCUGGAGCUUCACGAAAAAGUGUCCUUGCGACAAGCGCCUACUUCAUCGAAACUGGGGAGCUAGAUUCUAGAGACACCGUUCAACCUUCACGUCGCUCCUUUGCCUUCUUUCCUCUCCCCACUUCAAAAGACCACCAUGACGCGAGCCCAGCAGACCAUCUCGGUUGCGCUCCUUGUGAGCUCGCUAUACCUCUCGCUUUACCUUGAACUCCUGCCGCUCCCCGAAGUUGUCCAGAAGGAGAUCGUCCCAGUCCUCCCAUUCUGGCUCCUCGUCUCCUUCGGCGCAUACAUGCUCUUCCGACUCGGGUGGGGUGUGUUGACAUUCAACGACGUGCCGGAGGCACAUCAGGAGCUUAUGAAGGAGAUUGAGUUGGCGAAGAAGGACCUGCAGGCCCGGGGCGUGGACAUCGAUUAAGAGAAUAAUGGGAGGUAUCGAAGACUGCUGCUGGCUUGAUAAAGAAUAAGUUACGGUACAUGGAAUGGGAAAAUGGGGAGCGAGUCAAAAUAGUCGAGUUUCCCGUUUUCCCUGAACUAGGAAACUAGGAAUAGGGACCGAACACAAUAAUAGAAUUUUGUCAAACAUG